UCUUCCUCUUUUCUGGAUGUGUAGUCCUUUGGCUCCUUGGUCACAGGCUGAGUUUUCCGGUUCUAGGUUCGCGGGUCGCCCUGAUGUUUGAAGCUAGACAGCUCCAGUCGGUUAGGGAGGGCGGGGAGGGACCCGCGGCUGUGGCUCCUUAAUUGUACUUCGAGCCCUUAUUGUCUCUCCUUUCGCCACCUCCGCUUCCUCAGUCUGGGCUCCAAAGUCACUGCAAAUUUCCUUGCGAUACAUACAUCACACAAAAGAUCAGAGACUGCAGGAGCGUCGGAGCCGACAGAGACAGAUUACGUCAAGAAAUAGUUCCUCCACCUACCUCGUCCGGCCUCCCCGCCCCUGAGGGGCUCCCCGAGCCCAUCUCAGCUCUGGGGGUCCAGGAACCCUGGCUUCUGGGACUGGCAUUUUCAUCUUGGUUUUUUUUUUAUCCUCAUGGUAGGGGGAGCCAUCUGCUUUUGGCUGCACAUGGUCAAGGGGGGGGGGUCCCUGAUGAGAUAUGAUUCGUCCGGGGAGGGGGGGCUGUCUGGCGCCUUGGGUCCAGAGUUGCAAAUCGCCAGGAAAACGCAGGUCGCGGGGAUCAGCAAAGAGAAGGGGGUGGUAAAGGGGGGAAAAAGCAAGGGGGAAAAAAAGCCCCUGCGCAUUGAUCCGCGCCGUAUUUUUGGGUAAAUACGAUCACGUGGGGGCUGGGGAACCAAUGAGCUGCCGGGAAAAGGCUGGAAAAAUAAUUACCUGCCUUGAUUGUUCUGUGAGCAGAUAAAAAGUACAUAUACAGUUCAUACAAUAAUCUUAUGUAUGUAAAACCCUGUUACGAUGUCGGCGACGGGGCCCAUCAGUAACUAUUACGUGGACUCGCUCAUCUCUCACGACAAUGAAGACCUCCUAGCGUCCAGGUUUCCGGCCACCGGGGCUCACCCUGCCGCCGCCAGACCCAGCGGCUUGGUGCCGGACUGUAGCGAUUUUCCGUCCUGUAGCUUCGCGCCCAAGCCGGCUGUAUUCAGUACGUCGUGGGCGCCGGUGCCCUCGCAGUCGUCCGUGGUCUAUCACCCUUACGGCCCCCAGCCCCACCUCGGCGCCGACACGCGCUACAUGCGGACUUGGCUCGAGCCGCUGUCCGGCGCCGUCUCCUUCCCCAGCUUCCCGGCCGGGGGCCGUCACUACGCCCUCAAGCCCGACGCCUACCCGGGGCGCCGCGCCGACUGCGGCCCGGGCGACGGCCGCAGCUACCCGGACUACAUGUACGGCUCGCCCGGGGAACUGCGCGACCGCGCCCCGCAGACACUGCCCUCGCCCGAGGCGGACGCGCUGGCCGGCAGCAAGCACAAAGAGGAGAAGGCCGACCUGGACCCUAGCAACCCCGUGGCCAACUGGAUCCACGCCCGUUCCACAAGGAAGAAGCGCUGCCCCUACACCAAGUAUCAGACGCUGGAACUGGAGAAGGAGUUUCUCUUCAAUAUGUAUUUAACCAGGGACCGUCGGUACGAGGUGGCCCGUGUUCUCAAUCUCACUGAGCGGCAGGUCAAAAUCUGGUUUCAGAACCGGAGGAUGAAGAUGAAAAAGAUGAAUAAAGAGAAAACCGACAAGGAACAAUCCUAAGCCCUGCCCCAGCCUGCUGCCUCGGCACAGCCAAGGGAAACACAAAAACCCCCACAAAAAAUGCCCCAACCCAGGCGGGAGAAAGCACGAAAAGAAAAGGAAAGAACAAGAUAGAGAAAAGCCCACCUUCUUAAAAAGAAAAGAAAAAAAAAGGAAGGGGAAAAAUGCAAACUCUUGCGAUGUGGGAGGGUUAAGUGUUGAGAAAUUGGUGUUUAGAGUUAGUUCUAUCCAUCGAGGAGGAGGCAGGAGAGAAACUGCGUUCUCUUCCCCAGCGCAACUGAAAUAAAUGACACACACAAAUGUGAA